AUGCAUCCCCUAAAAAAUGACAAGUUGGAGAAGAUUUCCAACAACGAACUAAUUAGGAGGAUCAUGGAGCUGCAGAAUUCUUUGAUAAAUAUCUCGGACCAUAUGGAGUUACUAAAAAAUAGAAAUAGAAUAUUAGAUGAAGAGAAUGAGAAAUUAGAAAAUCGCAUAAGAGACAUUGUGAAUGAUGUGAAAACAGAACUUACACAAAAAUUUGACAAAAAAAAAUCACCUCCAUUCACCGGUGCCCCGGAUAUACGUGAGGAGGAUACAGCAACGGAAAGUACCAACUGUUGUGACAAGGAAAAGUAUGUUCAGCGUGAACCCUCCAAAGGGCAGUCAUUUCCAACCCCCGACUCGGUUGCCCCUGUCCCUACAGAUUCCUCUUCACGGUAUAGGAGCACAUCAUACGGAGAAUCUUCACUAAACGCACACACCACCAAUACGCAAUCACGGCAACACACAAAUUGUGCCUCCUCAAAUGAAAACGAAACUAAAAACGCACAAACGGUUUUUAUAAAAAAUUCAGAACAACACGUAAAUAAUAUGAGCCCCCAAAAAAAGGAGGGGCAAAAUUUUAAUCUCCUAAAAGAGCACACAAAAAAUAACAUAUAUAAUUUACUUAUGGAGACAGAAAAGUUGAAUUCUAUAUUUAAUAUUGCAUCCAAUGUUCUGAACACGUCAUUUUUCAGCAUAUCAAAAGAACAGGAUGGUAAGGGAAAGGGGAGUCAAUGUGUCCAAGUGUGUCGGAGGAUGGUAGACCAAAGAGAGUUAGAUAAGAAUGCACAAAGCGGGGAUUCCAAAUUUUGUAAACUUCAGCGUAACAGAGCGGAAGAAAAUGCAGACACAAAAAAUUAUAUGAACUUCCCAGGUGGAGAUGUUCCUCAUGGGGGUGUGGAAGUAAAGACAACCGCAGAAGGAAAAGAUAAUAGAGAUAUAAUGAACAGCGUGGAAAUAAUCAAAGAAGUUGACGUAGAGGGGGACGAUGAUAUAAUGCCGGAAGUGCUCAGUUUGGGAGAAAACCGCACUGGAUCGGAUAUGAAAAGGGCGGAAGAGGAAAUGCCCAAAGAGGGGGAACGCAGUCCUGAUGAUAAAAUGAUCACCCCCCUGCAUUUACAUCAAAUGGAAGAAAACAUAAAUGGUGAAAAGGAUAAGAGGGAUGGGGACCAUCAGGUAGACCUGAACACACCUGACCAAGGAGAUAUAAUUAAAAGGGAAAGUGAAAAUGCUUUACAAAGUGAUAAAAAUGAUUAG